CCCGCGUCGCCUCCGUUCUUGCUUUCCCCCGCCCUUCGAGCGCCCUCGCACGCCUUGCCCGCCAUGUCCUUCCAUCUCCGUCCCGUGGAAACCACCCACUCGACGCCAUCGCCGACAGCGAGCACCGCGUCCCCCCGCGACGACCUUCGCGCGCCACAUAUGAAGCAACCCCUCCCGUCACCACCGUCCUCCUCAGGCGGCCUUUCGCAGCGUCCCUUCUCGCCACGAACCCUUCGAGAUGUCGAUCUCAGCUACAGCCCUGCCUCCGCGGAGCCUUCGCGGAGGCAUUACCCCCCGCCGCCGACGGGCCACGAUCUGAUGGCCAUGUUCCCCGCGCAGCAGCCCGAGUGCAAGCCGCCGCACGCGUCGAGCGACAUCUUCGCGCGCCAGGAGCGCGCCUUCUUCGCGCAGGCGGGCAGGGAGAUCAGGCGCGUGCGCGUCGAGGUUGAUGCGCCGGACGCGGCGGCCCCGCGCGGUUGGCCGGGCCAUGGGCAGCCGCUGCAGCCCGCGCCCCAUCCGAUGACGCCUGUGCAGAACCCGGCCGCGUACCCGUAUCCUCCCCCGGGCUCGCGCCCCGUCAUGCCGCCGCCCCCCGGUCCUCCGAUGCAUGGUCAGCCGUAUGCGCCACCACCCAUGCCGCAGGAACAUGCCCCCCAUCCGCACCCAUCCCACCAUCGGCAACCGUCGGGAGGGCUACGUACACCCCCACGGGAACCGGCCGCACCGCCGGGCCAGCCGCACGCGGACAUCGUCCUGGAGGAGGACGAGUCUUGGCGCCGCCCCAUCCCCUGCUCCGAGCGACGGAGAGCCGGGAAGCACACGAAGCGCGUCGUUGUCAAGCACUGAUCGCGCUUCGUCGUCGACAAGUACCGAUCUCGCCGCGGUUCUGCAACGAUCCCUAGCAUCUCUCUCCCUCGCUACACCUAUUUGUCGUCCGCACCGCCUCCGGGUACUUCUCAACACCUCCUCGUACUUCUUGCCUGCUCUCCGUUCGUCUGCUAUUUGCUCUUCUGCUGUGUACCCUCGCACCGGCAUGUGUAUUUGUAUGAUUUCCCUAUGCACACGAGCGUUGUAUUUACAGGAUGAGGCAAACCAGGCUCGCUGCGUGACGGUCUAUACCAUCCCAAGACUGACGGUUUAUACCACCCUAACUAUACCAGUAGUUUAUAGCCCUAGCCCACCCACCAUCCAUCCAAUCUGAUGCCAACGAUUCCGUACUGCA